AUUUCCGACAGGGGCGGUGGCCGGCGCGGAGGUGCGAGGUGUUCUGAGACCCUGAGGGAGUGGGUAUACAUGGUGCCCAGCAAGUGCCGGCCCGGUAGGGGCCCCCGGGCAGCGCCCGGCUCGGUUAAUAAUUGUGGUCUUCAGCUGGUUAUCCAGACCUCAUCACUAGCAGAAAAAAGCAAACCGUUUGAAUUCAGGAUAAAUAAAGAGCAGUCGUCUUUCCACAAUAGACUUCUGCAGCAUGAUCUGGAAAGAAACUAUUCAGGAAGGCAAGGAGACCAAAGAGUAUUGAGUCCUUUGGUGCGUAAUAAGCAGCUAUAUCUUCCUGUACCAUCCAGUCUGACAGAACUUUCAGCUUUGGAUUUGAAGCAGAAUACAGGUUCUUUAUCAGGAUUUGAUAACACAAAUUUUGGGAGCAGUUCCUCAAUAACAUUUCCUGUAUUGCAACGUUCUGCUGAAGAAAAAAUACUGAACUCUGACAGGCUUACCCUGGAAAGGCAGAAACUGACAGUGUGCCCAAUUAUUGAUGGGGAAGAUCAUCUUCGCCUUUUGAAUUUCCAGCAUAACUUGAUAACUCGGAUCCAAAAUAUUUCUAACCUGCAGCACCUUGUUUUCUUAGAUUUGUAUGAUAAUCGGGUAGAGGAAAUAAGUGGGCUUUCAACUCUGAGAUCCCUGAGAGUCCUUCUGUUGGGAAAGAACAGGAUAAAGAAGAUCUCAAAUCUGGAGAAUCUAAAGAAUCUUGAUGUUUUAGAUCUUCAUGGAAAUCAGAUUACUAAAAUAGAAAACAUUAGCCAUCUGAGUGAACUGAGAGUGUUAAACCUUGCCAGAAACCUACUAACCAUUGUGGAGAAUCUGAAUGGACUGGAUUCACUCACAGAGCUCAACCUUCGUCAUAAUCAAGUCUCUGCUAUAAAAGAUGUGGAUACUUUGCCCUGUCUCCAGCGUCUCUUCCUCAGCUUCAACAAUAUCUCUAGUUUUGAGGAUAUUCUGUGCCUUGCUGAUUCCUCAUCUUUGUCAGAUAUCACCCUUGAUGGCAAUCCAAUAGCUCAGGAGACAUGGUACAAACACACUGUUCUCCAUCAUAUGAUGCAGCUCCGACAGCUAGAUAUGAAGAGAAUCACAGAAGAAGAAAGGCGUAUGGCAUCUGUUGCAGCAAGGAAAGAGGAAGAAAGGAAGCGUGAAAGCCAUAAGCAGGCCUUGCUUAAGGAGAAGAAACGAUUGACCAUUUGUAACAUUGCUCGCCAGUGGGAGAUACAGCAGAACCAAAUAGCUCUCGUGGCGUCUUUGAACCAAGAUAAAGAUAAUGAGCCGUGUCAGAUCAAUGGCAGUGCUGCAUAUGUAUUUCCUGAAGAAAGCAGAUCUCUUGAUACAAUAUUGAGCAGUGCAGUACAAGGCUUAUCUGUUCUUGAGUCUCAUUUAGUGGAAGUGGAAGGAGACACCCUUUGCUUGUAUGGUGCCGGAGCACUGGAGUGCCUGGAUCGCAACUGGAGCGUUCAAACAGCUGGAAUCAUUGUCACAGUCUCCUUUAUGUUCAUAGAAUUUGAUGAAAUUGUUCAAGUGUUAACAAAGCUGAAGAUGAAAUUUCCUAAUUUUGUGCACCUGAAGUUUAAGGAGACAAAUCUUGUGGCACUGCGGCAAUUCAGUGCGUUAGCCCAGAUGCAUCGCCUUGAACAGCUGACAGUUGAUCCUGAGGGAAAUCCGGUUGUCAACUUUACUUUGUGGAAAUACUACGUUCUGUUUAGGCUGAACCAUUUUAAUCUACAGAAGAUAAAUGGAGUGAAGGUUACUGAGAAUGAUGUUGUAAUGGCUGAAAGGCUCUUCGGCGUUCUGGCAUAUGUAGCAUCUUCUGAGCUGCCACAUUACCGCAUGCUGUCAUUGUUUGGAGAAUCUAGAAGGAAGCAAUUCCAUUAUUUGCAGGAGGGAAAAGGAAAGAAAUCUGGGACUGGUAGUGAGGAAAGUAGUGAUAACAGAAGAAAUGGAGGGGAAAGCACAAAUCGAGCAGUGUUGAAUUACACAACGAAGGACUUCCAUAUGGAAAAGCUUGAGGAAAUCAAGGAAAGAAAAACAUUUUGCCAGACAUACGUCGAGAACUUAGUGAAAGAAGCAGCUGACAUCAAUAUGAAAAAUGAGUCGCUGCAGAAGCUUUGGCCUCAGAUGUUCAUUGAGCUUGUCAGAGAUGCAGUGAUAGAAAUACGCAAUAAAAAUUCCUACAUGAAGCUCUGCUUACAGCGGAUCACUGAUCAAAAACAGUAGAGCCAAGGCUUGUUGACUUUUCCUUCUCCCAUGAGAUUUCCCCUGGCAAAUGCUUGCAAAGGCCAAAGUUUGCUCUGCUGAAGUCUAGGAUUGUGAUCCUGCUUGGUAUUCUGUUCCUACCAUGUCAAGAUCCUGAACUCCACCAUCUUAUGGUCACUGCAACCAAGGCUGCCCUCAACUUUCACUGCUUCAACCAGACCCUCUUUGUUAGUGAUUAUAAGAUCCAGCAGUGUGCCUCUCCUAGUUGGCUCGUCCACCACGUGCAUGAAAAAAUUAUCAUCAGUGCACUGGAGGAACCUCCUGGACUGUGGAUGGCUGGCUGAGUAGGCCUUUGAUCAGAUGUCUGGCUAGUUACACUUUGCUUGCCUUACUUUUUACUGAACACUUGUCAAUUGUCACCUUUUUGACUGCUGCUGUUAAAAAAGAAUAAUAAAAAAUUCCAGAAUAGUAGCUGACUUUUGUGAGCAAAAGCUGAUAAUUUUUUUUCCACACAGAAUUUGAUGAAGAUUUAUUAUUGUUUAAUUUAUGAGAUUAUAGAACACUUUUUCAUAUUAUUACCAUUAGUGCUUAACGUAUCAAUGUUUAUGAGCCUAAUUCUCAGCUGGACAAAUUGUCCAAAACUUAUUUCAAGUUGUUUUAAUUAAUUUAAUUUAUAUUAGGUUUUGUUUGGGUGAUUACUGGUAAAAUAUUUAUUCAAAGCUUUAUUUUUGUUCUGUUAAAAUAUGUUAAGACUGCAAUUUCUUUUGUUUCUUGAAUACUGAAUGAUGGAAUUUUCAGGUUUGCCAAGGCCAAACAAGCUGAAAUGUGUGUAUUACAUUUGCUAGUGAAACUGAGAACUCCUAUUCAGUUGAAAUUAAUUCCUGUGACUGUGUGAGAAUUUCAUACUUAUUAUCAAUAAAAAUAAAUUCUUCACUUUUGCACUUCACAGAUACUAUAAAGAAGUAGUGUGUGCACAGAAAAGACUACUGCUUAAUGCUGCAUCAAGAGGUGAGGUGCAACUGCCCCUAAAAUCAGCUGUGAAUGGGUAGAAAACCCACAUUCUGUAGUACAGUAACUUCUGCUGGAGCCACCUUGCCAGCUUCUGCCCAGAAAUUGAAGUCAGAAGCUGUUAGCAAGUUCAGUUGAUUCCCAUGGAUAGUGUUCAUAUGCGGGAAGAAAACUGUGCUAUUUAAAGUUAAUUUUAUGGUUCCGUUUUAUCUUAAUUAAAACAGUCCAGAACCAUUGUGCAUUCUGUUGCUCAAUUCAGAUUGAUCUU